GUAACCACAGUAAAAGAAGAAGAGCAGCAGUGUGUUCAGAAGCUAAGGGAACAUUAAGAGGAGCUAAAGAAAUAAAUAAUGUCAUGUUGCAAGAUUCCUUCUGCUCAUAGUGUCCUCAAACUUCCUGAGAUCAAAUUCACACAGAGGGAAUCCAGCGAAUUUUAAGCUGCUAAAAGUAUUAAAAGUCAGGAAAUGGCAUCCAAAAAAACCCCAGUACUCAAUCAACAACAUCUUUUGGUACCUUCUGCAUGAAGCCAUCAAACUAACAAAAAAUACUAACAUGGAGAAAACUCCUUACACUUUAGCGUCUGGGAAGUGUUGUGGAGACUCAGAAACUGUCGAACUGAACCAGCACUCUCCGACAGAAGAGAAACUGUAUACCUGCCCAGUCUGUGUGAAGAGUUUUACUCAUAAGGGUUCUCUGCAAAAACACAUUCGCAUUCACACUGGAGAGAAACCGUAUUCCUGCCCAGAAUGUGGGAAGAGUUUUACUCAGAAAGUUUCUCUCCGAAUACACAAUCGCAUUCACACUGGAGAGAAACCGUAUUCCUGCUUGGACUGUGGAAAGAGUUUUACUCAUAAGGUUUCUCUCAGAAUACACAAUCGCAUUCACACUGGAGAGAGACCGUAUCACUGCUCAGAGUGUGGGAAGAGUUUUAGAGAUAGAAACACGCUCCAAUUGCACCAGCGCAUUCACACUGGGAUUAAACCAUAUUCCUGCUCCGAAUGUGGUAAGCGUUUUAAACAGAAGGGUUCUCUCCAAAUACACAAUCGCAUUCACACUGAAGAGAAACCAUAUCAGUGCCUAGACUGUGGAGAGAGCUUUGCUCAACGGAAUUCUUUGCAACAUCACCAGAGCAUUCACACAGGAUUGAAACCGCAUCUCUGCUCAUAUUGUGGGAAGAGUUUUACCCUAGUGAGUAAUCUCCAAGCACACCAACGCAUUCACACUGGAGAGAAACCGUACCACUGCUCAAAGUGUGAGAAGAGCUUUGCUCAACUGCGUUCUUUGCAAAAUCAUCAGAGCAUUCACACUGGAGAGAAACCUUACCAGUGCUCAGAAUGUGGGAAGAGUUUUGCUACACCUUAUUGUCUCAGCCGGCACAAGCGCAUUCACACUGGAGGGAAACUGUAUCACUGCUCGGAGUGUGAGAAGAGCUUUGCUCAACUGCGUUCUCUACAAAAUCACCAGAGCGUUCACACUGGAGAGAAACCGUAUCAGUGCUCAGUCUGUGGAAAGAGUUUUGCUACACGUAGUUGUCUUACACAGCACCAGCGGAUUCACACUGAAGAAAAACCAUAUUCCUGCCCUGAUUGUGGGAAAAGUUUUGCUAUACAUAUUUGUCUCAGACGGCACCAGCGUGUCCACACUGGGGAGAAACCGUAUCACUGCUCAGAGUGUGGAAAGAGCUUUGCUCAAAUGCGUUCUCUGCAAAAUCACCAGAGCGUUCACACUGGAGAGAAACCUUACCAGUGCUUAGAAUGUGGGAAGAGCUUUGCUCAAAUGCGUUCUCUGCAAAUUCACCAGCACAUUCACACUGGAGAGAAACCUUAUUCCUGCUCCGACUGUGGGAAGAGUUUUGCUAGACGUAAUUGUCUCACACAGCACCAGCGCAUUCACACUGGAGAAAAACCAUAUCACUGCUCGGAGUGUGGGAUUAGCUUUGCUCAAAUGCAUCUUCUGCAAAAUCACCAGAGCGUUCACACUGGAUUGGAAGAGCAGCAUCCCUGCUCAGACUGUGGGCAGAGUUUUACCACAGAGAGUGGUCUCCAAGUUCACCAGCUCAUUCACAAAAAUGAGAAAACUAUCACUGCUCAGACUGAUGGAAGGGAUUUACCCAACAGCAGUGGGGGCGCUGUAGCUGUAUCUGCUGCAGAAAAGCGGAGCAGCAGAAGAUCUGGGUCUGGGUUUGAGAAGAUGCAGAAGAUCUCCGAGUUCAGAAGCGGAGGAACUUUAACAGGAGCUGAACUGCUGAAGGUGGAGCUCGAUCUCAUUUAUUACUCUGAUUCUCAUCUUUUACAGUCUGAUCCAGAGCAGAAGAUUCUCAGCUCUUCUCCUCUGCCAGAAAGGAUUAAAAGUAAGAAAAUGACACCAGAAAGAAUUUCCAGUACUCAACCAACGUCAUCAUCUGCAGACAAGAGGACAUCUCACACCACCACAGAGCAUGGGCAGAGUUCUGGAGACCUAGGCAUUUUAAAUAAAAACCAACGCGCUUCUGCUGGAGAGAAAUCGUUUUCCUGUUCGCAGUGUGGGAAGACUUUUAUGAGAAAUUGUAGUCUCAAACGACACCAGCUAAGUCACGCUAAAAAGAAGGCAUAUGACUGUUCAGAUUGUGGAAGCACAUUUUCGAAACUCGUUCUUUUACAAGUACACCAGCGCAUUCACGCUGGAGAGAAACCAUAUCUCUGCUCAGAGUGCGGGAAGAGUUUUAAUCGCAAAGAUUCUCUCCGACUACAUCUGCGCACUCACACAGGAGAGAAACUGUUAACCUGUUCAGACUGUGGGAAGAGUUUUACCAGACAGAAUUCACUCGAUCAACACCGGGUCAUUCACACUGGAGAAAAAACGCAUCACUGCUCAGAGUGCGGCCUGAGUUUUAGUCAAUCGAGUUCUCUCCGUGUUCACCGGCUCAGUCACAUGAAACCGACACCACAUCACUGUGCGGACUGUGGGAAGGGUUUUACCAACAAAAGCUACCUCAAAGUACACCAGCGUGUUCAUACAUCAGAGAAACCAUAUCACUGCUCACAGUGUGGAAAGAGCUUUAAGCAAAAGGACCAACUUCGAAUGCACCAGCGCGUUCACACUGAGUUCAAACCCUACUACUGCCCAGAGUGUCACAAGUGUUUUCCUCGUAACAGUAAUCUCCUAGUGCACCAGCGUGUUCACACUGGAGAGAAACCGUAUCAGUGCUCAGAGUGUGGGAAGACUUUUACUCAGCAGAAUUCUCUCCAACAACACCAGCGCGUUCACACUGGAGAAAAACCUUUUCACUGUUCAGACUGUGGGAAAAGUUUCACUCAGCAAAAUGCCCUCCAACAACACCAGCGCGUUCACACUGGAGAAAAACCGUAUCAAUGCUCAGACUGUGGGAAGAGUUUUGCAUAUCGCAAGACUUGUAAGAAUCACAAAUGCACAAAGAACAGUGAUACACGUUAGUAAAGAAAAAUAACAAAAUUGCUGUUUGUAGAAAGGAUUUCUAUAGGUAUUUCUUGUUUUAAAAUGGUUCUGGGAUUGACUACUUUGGGUUGAUUUACACUUUAUUUAAAUUUAAGGUCUUGGUGAACAAACAA